UUUAUUCUGAUCUUGAUGUUCGCCGCCGUAAGAACCUGAAAUCUCAUUUGUUCUGAUUAUUUCAUAGGCUUAACCUGAGCACCGGUGAAGGUGAAAAUAAUGCAUUUAAUGGUUUAGUAUGUAGUAAAAUUUUCUCAAACUGAUUAGUGUUUUUCGGUUAUGGAAUCUGGCCUCCUGAUAAAAAACCGAAAGCCAGUCAGCGGAUACCGCCAUUUCUUUUGUCUUCGUGCCACGAACGGAAAGCAACGAGAGGAAACGAUCGCUUAAUUGAAAGUAGGUACUGAUGGUGCAGUCGGGGAAUUUAUUUGACUUACAACAUGUUUUCUGCUACUAAUGUAACAUAUAGGACAUUUAAUUGAAGUUAUGUGAGAUUCUGACGUUUCAUUUUUGUUAGCCUUUUCAGUGUAUUUAAUGAACACUAUGUUGUGUGAAGUACAAUAUGUUAUUGUGUUACUCGAGGGACCUAACCUAAAUUAGUUUUCUGAGUUUUUUAAUUUCGAGAGAAUCAGAAAUAAUGGCAAAGGAGGUUCCUCAAUAUUCCAGCAAUCCUCAAGUUGUCCAUAAGUUCCGAGUGUAUUUUGGACAAGACAUGGGAAGUGAAUCUGCUGUUUCAUUUUCUGAUAUUUCAAAUGAUGACGAUGAUGAUGAUGAUGAUUGCCAUAGCAUGUCUGGGUCCAGUAAUGGACUUGAAGACCACGAACUUAUGAUGCGCCUGUUGCAGCAUGCACGGGUUCAGGACGAGAGAGUGAAAUUCUUUAAAAGCCUGCGGAAAAAGAAAGGAAUGAACGAAAGGGAUUUGCCGACGAUGCUUCCGGAGGUCGCCAAGAAGAACGCGGAGGAACUGGUGGCAGAGGAGGAACGUGAGAAACGGAAAGUAGAAAAACGAAAAGCAAAAAAGAAGAGACGAAGAGAAAAGAGAAGAGAGGAAAAGGAAAUUAAUUGUACAAAUGCUAAAAAUGAAAAUAAUAGCAGUAGCAGUAGCAGCAGCAGCAACAAUAAUAUUAAUAGAAAUAAAAAGGAGACUGCAUGUCAUUCCAGUAAAAAAAAUACAAGUAAAAGUAGUAAAAGUAAAAUGAACGGCGAUAGUUAUCCUGCACAACCAGAGGAUGAUCAUGAAGAGGAAGAGGAUUUCUUAGACCCAAAUUCUGCCUUUGUAUCUGUUGCUGUGAGUAAGAAUAAGCGAGGUUACGGUACAGCAGCUCUCAGUCACAUGGACCGCAGCCAGCGAACCAGUAACACCAAGAGAUCCACAGAUGCAGAAUAUCUGGAUGUGCUAGAGAGUGAGCAACUUGCCGUGGAGGGUUACAAUGCUGCAAGCAGAGAGCAGUACGUGGAAGCUGUAGACUAUUUCACUAAAGCAAUACGCAUUGUGCAUAAUGACCAUAGGUUCUAUGGGAACCGCAGCUUCUGUUACUGCCAGCUGGGACAAUUUGCCAAGGCACUGAAGGACGCGGACAAAGCGAUCAUGUUUGCACCGCUCAGUCCUAAGGGUUAUUACAGGAGAGGGGAAGCUCUUCGUGAAUUGAAGCAAUACAAGAAAGCGGAAGAGGCGUUUGAACAUGUGGUCCAGUUGGACGAGGACUGUGAGGAUGCAAAGCAAGAACUGGAGAAUGUGAAGAUACAGCAGCUUGUGGAGAUGGGCUUUGCGGAGGACCAGGCAUUUGCAGUCAUUCAGCAAUUCAGCUCAGUUCAGGUGGCUGUGGAAGUACUAACGACUAAGAGUCCGGUAGCUUCUUUUAACAGUAGUGGAGAUGAGAUCUACUACUCGGAUGAAGAAGUAGAAAACUUGUUUGUGUCUUCAGCAGCAGCUGCAUUGCAGACUCCGCAGAUCGGUGGAAAAACAAACAAGAUGGACCCUUCAAAUCCAGAAGGCCAUUUAUCUCUUUGGGUUGGCAACAUUACUCAGAGUUUAACGGAGAAGGAACUCUUAGAACUGUUUUCAAGGUUUGGCGUUGUUAUAAGUGUCCGUCUGUUGCCCGAGAAGUUCUGCGCAUUCAUCAACUUCAGGGACUUGUCUGCACCAGGAGCUGCUAUGAAGCACCUUCAGGGCAAGAAAAUUGGAGGGGAGCAUCUACUCAUCCGCUACCCGAACAAUCCGGUCCCUGAGCAGGUUAUGGUGAGAAAGACUCAGUCUGCAAGUAAUGGUCAGUCAAAGCUGACAGGUCCAGUAAAUGGAGACGAAUGUCACUUUUGGCGGACAACAGGAUGUGCUUUUGGCAAUAAAUGUCGUUAUAAACAUCUGAAGGAAAACAAAGGCAUUGACAAGAAACCAUGGCAGAAAGUUGUUUAGCCAUUCCAGUGAGACUUUUAGGCAAGACAAAAGAUUGAUACGUCGUAAGAAUAUCAUGAGAGAGACAGUCUGAUGAAGGGAAGAUCAACCAGGUUUGUUGCCAUAGUGAUUGGAUCAUAAAGCCAGUAAAGCUACUGGGUUCCCUCAGUUCAAAGGAGGUGCGGCAAAUGUGUGGUGUCACUCAGAAGCAGUGACUUCAUCACAGUAAGAAGCUACUGACAAGGUUCAUCCUCAUACUGGCUGUGUAUGUAAUGUGGCAGUCAAGCUGGAAGGUAAAUCAGUAAUGUAUUGGCUACGUUAUCACACCUCUUAUCUGUAACAGAAAACUUUUGGGAUGGUUUUAUAUCUUCAUUUUAACUCAUUUAUGCAUGAUGCAUAUAUUUGCUGAUAGAUUAUAUCUAUAUUUAAUUAUGUGCCCAUCUCAGAUACAUGUAAAAGAGUCGCUCAAAAAGCUACGGAACAAAACAUUUGUGAAUAAUUACUAUGCUACUGAGGUAAUGUAUUACUUAGCUUGAAUAUCAUUAAUUUGAUGUUCUGAAUGAGGUAACGGUGGAGCUUUAUUACAAUUUUUUCUUCCACAUUUGUUUUUGUCCGGCAUUUGCCUUUGUGUUAGUAAUUCCGUGAGAAUACUUCCCAGUUAUCCAAUCUUAACCUACUCUGCUGUUUCAGACCUGAUGUGUCCAGUACAAUAACACAUAUGAUUUUUUUUUUGUUUGGGUAAGUUUGUUCCUUGUUUAAUAAAACACUGCGCAUGAGGUUUAGGGGUGUGGAAGUAUAGCUCCAUGCAUUCAUAACAUUGACAUUAGACGGAGGUGAGUGGUCAGCUUCACAUCUUUGUCACUUUGCCCCAAGGGACAGAGCCUCCGGCUCUCCGCAAAUCCAAUCUGGAAGCAGUAGCUAAGAGUAUCUUGCCAGGAAUUAGACUUCACUCAUCAUUGGGUUGUUUUUGAAAAAUAAAUUACCAUUCUCAACUUAGAUUCAGCUCUGCUGUUGACAUAAAUUUUUGGCUCAUCAGUAAACCAUGCUUUUCUAAUACAAUUUUAUCAUAAAAAGUUCUUUCAGGGGGUUGUCUGAUCUCAUAACUAGUUGUGCAUUUCUUAGAGUAAAAUUUCCAUUCAUUGUUUCGUUGGGGAUCUGUGGAUUCUGGCAUCAAGCUGAGGAAAACCUUUAUUGGAGGGAAUGCAAUGCAGAUGGGGGAGUUGUGAAAUAAGUGAGGGGAACUGAAUGGACAAAUGUUAAAACAAGGUUCUGUUGUUGCAUGUGCUAAAUUAUAAUUGUCUGUAACUCUUUGAUGAUGCAGAGCAUUUGAAAGGAACCUUACUGCUAUUUAAAUAUGUAUACUCCAUAAGGCUACUACUUCUGUACAUCUGUUAUAGAAUACAGAAUUUAAUAGUCCAACAUGGCUUUUCAGGCAGCAGAAUUUUAUAUCUUUUAAUGAUAUUGUGGAGAGCCUUGAGGAGACAGCAUGAAACAUUUUGCUCCAAGCAAUGAAGUGAAUAUCAUUUAGAUGCAUAAAAUCUAGGGUUAUGUUAAGAGCAGAUCAUCAUCUUUGUUUUGUUUGCAAUCAUAUGUCGUCAGUCAUAAUCAGUAUUUAUGUACCAAUAAAGCAAACAGAUAAUCCUUGAAACUGGCACUCAACUGUACUAAAGCAAGAGCAGAAUGUUUUCUCUGUGAAGCCACAUCAUUACGCUCUGAAUAGCAGCAGUGGCACGAGAGCAAGAUUAGGUUAGUCAGUACCUGUUCCUCAUGUUAGUGGCGUAUGGUGGGCAAGAGAAUCAGUGUGAUUUACUUUAGGUUGGCAUGGAAGGGUUAAAGACAUUCUUACCAUUGCGGUUUUCAUCAAACAAUUAAAACCAUCUGAUGCAGUUACAUUUAUUCACUUAAAUUAAUCAUGUAACUGUGUUUUGGCAGAAUUCUGCAGUUUUCAGGAGUGUCUGAUUUUUUGAAAGCCAUUAAAAGUUUUGCAUCUGUGAUAUAUACAGCAUAUAAUACAAUACAGUUUUUUUUUUUUUUUUUUGCUUUUCAUAUUUCUUCUUUUGAUACAUAUGCCGGCAAUAAUUGAAAGAAGAAAUAUGUAAGAGAAUUAAAUUAUAUCAUGUUCAUGUGUCACAUUCGAAGUUAUAUUGAAGUCUUCCCAACUUGUGCACUGCAACAUUUUCAGUUUGUGUGCGUGUGUGGGCAUGUCUAUCCAUUUUGAACAGCAGUUUACAGAGUACAGUAAUAGCAUUAAGAUAUUGAUUAGCCCAUUUUUCAUAUAAAUUAUGAUGAUUUAUUAUGGUGUAAGCUAGGGGGCCAUGUCACUGAUAGCCACCAUGUUUUAUGGUGUUUGUCAGAAAGCAGUAACAUCAAGUAGGGGACUGCUUGUUGAAGUUAUGCAAAGUACUGUCAUGGAACCUGGGAGGGCUCUAAAGGAACCCUCAAAACAAUGGCUCAUGGGGCUUGGGUGAAGCUCUCAAAAUGUCAAAAAUCCUUGGGAAGAAGGAUGGAUAAAUUAUUGCAUUGAUUAAGACCCAUGCAACUGCACAUUUCAGAUGCCGGAAUAAUGGCGCCGACUUUUGCUAAUUUGAUGUAGUAUGAAUUGUGCCAUGUUGGUAUCUCGUAUUGACAAGUGAGUGUCGGUUAUUUGGUACCUACUGUUGUUUUGUUGAAGUAAUGUGGAUUACUGCAGUACAUGCACAGUCAGUGUCUGGAGGAUCAGUUGUCAGAAGCAAAAUUAGUAAGAAAAUGUUUCAGAGUCACUCCUAUCUGUGGGACGGAUUUCUGGUGGAGGUUACAGAACUUCAUUUCAUGUGAGAUGAGGUGUGGGAAUGUUUUUGGAGAAAGAUUAUUUGUGUAUUAUAUAUCAUAGAAAGUGGCAAGAGAAUGGUUUGCGAAACAUUACUAUAUCGUUAAUGUAUCUUUCCUUGUCAAUACAUAGGGGUAAGUCACUGGUCUCGGGUUCAAGAUUAGUUAAAUCAGAUAUGAAUUUUUCUUGAUGUCUUCCCCCUUCUUUGGCCUAAGACAAAGUUAGAACAGGUCCAUAUUCACCCUUUGAAGCCACAGGUCAUCUAAAUAAAUUAAGUAAUUAAAGAUUCUGUUCUUACCUCAAAAAAAAAAAACAUCAUGGAUAAUUAAUCAUAGUAAUUUUUGAUAUAUUUGGUCGCUUGCCUAUUUUCAAUUAUGUCUCAAUAAAUAUCACCCUUGUUAGAUUAUUUUUAUUUACUUUGUGAAGUCUGUAAUUAUUUCCAGUGUAAAGGAAAUUUCAUUUUCAAGUGGAAUCUCCGGUAGUCGAAAGGGUAUGAAACAGGACUUGUAAUACAUUUGCGUAGAACACUUUGAACCUGGAGGUACCACUUUGUGUUCUUGAACCAAACUAUCAAACAUUUUGUUUCACUGGGAACAGUAUGAUUAAGCACUUACUGGACAUGCACAUGGAAUUUAAUUUGCAGUGCUUAAUCUCUUGUUUAAAGCAGUUGAUUUUUUUCUCCAGUGUUGACAGUACAGACUGGUUGAUGCAUGUGGCAAAAGUACAACGAAUGCAUUGAGUAAGUUGUGUUUGUAUUCUGUAGUGCUAAUUAUUGUGUUAAAAUUUUUCUAUUUACAGCAAAAGGAUAAUUACUAGUAAAAUAUGAUAUGACUACUUAAAAAUAAGUGUGAACAUUUUAAUGUACUGUUACAGGUAUGAAUGGACAGUAUGAACAAAUUAUCAGUAUAUGAUUUUAUUACAUAUGUAAUGAAUUUGGGUAAAGUCCCACCCGAAUGCAGCGUGAUUGCUUGACUUUAUAGGUUGUGUUUGAUCAUUUAAUGAUAAUUUGUGUAUUUAAUUUAAAUGUACCCUAUUUUUUUAAACUAUGAUAUGCGCCCAAGAUUUGAGGAAUGAUAAUGCCCAUGAAGAUUUUCUGUUCUACAAUAUUAAAAUUGAAACUUAAUGUUAGAGAUAAUUAGUACUUGUUCACUGACUGGACUUGGCUCCAGAAGUCUAGUUUUUGUGGUUUUGAAUUUGAAUUUAUCUCAGGGUAUGGAUGAAAGUAAAAUAUCCUUGCACACUAACAUCAGGGCAUAUAUAGGCAGUGUUGAUUGAUUGGACAUAAAUGGUACAAGUCUUAACCUGUGAAAUUGGUAAGUCUGGGUUUAUUUCUUGUCAAGAACAUCGGAAAUUCUUAUUUAAUUAUUCAUCAUCCACCCAUUCAGUAUCUGUGCCUCUUUAAUUUGGGCUACAGCAGCUAGAGCAUGGAGCUGACCACACACCACCUAAUGCCACUUUUGUGAAUGUGUGGAGCUUUACCACUGUUCUCCAUACACAUUUCAAAAGUCUCAUUCUCGGUACUCAGCAGACACUUUUUGUCUUGAAUGGUUUAUUGUGAAAAGAAAGCAGGAGAUCUUUCUUUUAUGUCACAAUAAAUUGUACUCUUUAUUGUUCAGAGAUAUUCUAUACUCCAUUGACAAGUAAUUUUGAAUUCUGUGUUUGACGAAAUUAAGUGUACCUAUUAGUUUGAAAAUGUGAGUUACUAAAAUAUACAUCAGUAAAUUGUUUUGUGAUGUACUGAAAGCAUAAAAAUGUGAAGAUGGAGACAUACAUGGAAAAUACUUAUAGAUGCAAUGCAAAUAAACAAUUUUUAAUUUGUA